CUGGGUCCAGCCUGUCAUUGUAGAGUGUAACGAAAACGUAAACAAACAUUCCGCUUGUAGUUGGGUGUUGAAUUUGCUAAAAAAUGUCGGAAAGAAAAGUUUUAAACAAAUAUUACCCGCCGGACUUUGAUCCGUCGAAAAUCCCGCGGGUGAAGCUGCCAAAGAAUCGACAGUACACGGUCCGGCUGAUGGCACCGUUCAACAUGCGCUGCGUGACCUGCGGAGAGUACAUCUACAAAGGGAAAAAGUUUAACGCCCGCAAGGAGGACGUAGAAAACGAAGACUACCUCGGCAUUCGGAUCUAUCGGUUCUACAUCAAGUGUACGCGCUGCCUGCAGGAGAUCUCGUUCAAGACGGACCCGCGCAACACCGACUACGAGAUUGAGGCGGGAGCGACGCGCAACUUUAUGGCGCUCAAGCUGGCAGAGGAGCAGGCCCGGCGGGAGGAGGAGGAAGCGCGCGAAGAGGAAGCGACCAAUCCGAUGAAGCUGCUCGAGAACCGAACGCAACAGUCGAGGAACGAGAUUGAGUUGCUGGAAUCGCUGGAGGAGCUGCGAGACUUGAACCGCCGCCAACAGGACAUCGACUACGACAGUAUGCUGCAGCAGUUUGACCGGUCGGAGAGUAUACGCGAGCGUGAGGAACGAUUGGAGCGCCAGGAUGAGGAGUACAUCAAAUCUAUUAAAUUUCAAAACAAACCGACCGUAAAGCGAGUAGCGUCGGAAAUUAUUGUCGAAGAGGUUAAGGAGGAAAAACAGGACGAAGGUACCACGGCUACUACAUCGGAAGGCAGUAGGCCGAGCAGCACCUCCACCGUCACCUCAGCGGCAGCCAGCACGAGCGGGCCACCAUCGUUUGCCACCAGCAAGGCCCGCAAACUAGACAACUUCAGCAUCGGCGUGAAAAAGACAACGCUCAGCAAUUUGGUAGUCAAGCGGAAGGAAAUGCCACCACCGAAAGCGCCCCCGCCGGUGGCCAGCGUGACAGGGCAGGGCACAUCCGCUACACAGCCUACAGCGCCGGAGCCAAAAGUGAGCCAAACCGCAGCAACGGGAAGCAGUGGCAUCGGCAGCUUGGGUCUGCUCGGAGCGUACUCAGACAGUGACGAAGGAUCGGAUGAGAAUUGAACAAAGGGCAGU